GCCCCAGGAUGUAGGCGAUCGGCGGCAGCGCUUCUGCAGGCGGCCGGCUCAUCAUGAAGAAGCACUCGGCCAGGGUGGCCCCGCUCAGCGCCUGCAACAGUCCGGUCCUGACCCUCACCAAAGUGGAAGGGGAGGAGCGCCCCCGGGACUCCCCGGGCCCGGCGGAGGCCCAGGCGCCGGCUGGGACGGAGACUGGAGGGAGGACGAGUCACCAUUGCUGGACAUGCCCCAGGGCGCAACUCAGGAAGAUUUUCUGGGGCGUAGCGGUCGUGCUGUGCGUGUGUUCCUCCUGGGCGGGCUCCACGCAGCUCGCCAAGCUGACCUUCAGGAAAUUCGACGCGCCCUUCACCCUCACGUGGUUUGCUACCAACUGGAACUUUCUGUUCUUCCCGUUGUACUAUGCGGGGCACGUCUGCAAGUCUACGGAGAAGCAGCCUGUGAAGCAGAGAUUCAGGGAAUGCUGUCGCUUUUUUGGAGACAAUGGCUUGACUUUGAAGGUGUUUUUUACCAAGGCAGCACCCUUUGGUGUUCUUUGGACACUCACAAACUACCUGUACUUACAUGCAAUAAAGAAAAUAAACACUACGGAUGUCUCCGUGUUGUUCUGCUGCAACAAAGCUUUUGUGUUCUUGCUCUCAUGGAUCGUUCUCAGGGACAGGUUCAUGGGAGUGAGGAUAGUGGCUGCAAUCCUCGCCAUUGCCGGCAUCGUGAUGAUGACCUAUGCCGACGGCUUCCACAGCCACUCCGUCAUUGGCAUAGCUCUGGUGGUGGGCUCGGCGUCCAUGUCAGCCCUGUACAAGGUUUUGUUCAAGCUCCUCCUGGGUAGUGCUAAGUUUGGAGAAGCUGCCUUAUUUUUGUCCAUUUUGGGUGUCUUUAACAUCCUCUUCAUCACCUGCAUUCCUGUCAUCCUCUACUUUACCAAAGUGGAAUACUGGAGCUCCUUCGACGACAUUCCAUGGGGAAACCUUUGUGGAUUUUCAGUUCUUUUAUUGACAUUCAAUAUCGUAUUAAAUUUUGGCAUUGCUGUUACUUACCCCACUCUGAUGUCUCUUGGGAUUGUCCUCAGUGUACCUGUGAAUGCAGUGGUGGAUCACUACACCAGUCAGAUAGUCUUCAACGGGGUCCGGGUCAUCGCCAUCAUCAUCAUCGGCCUGGGAUUCCUCCUCCUGCUCCUGCCUGAAGAGUGGGAUGUCUGGUUGAUCAAGCUGCUCACUCGUCUCAAAGUGCGGAAGAAGGAGGAGACACCAGAGGGCGGGGCGGACUUGGGCUCAGGACCUCAGAACAGGAGCAGGAGAGCCCGCCCUUCCUUUGCCCGCUAACGCCUCUCCCUUAGGACUCUGGUGAUGCCUCCUGGUCAGGACCGGGAGAACUAUUUCCUGGUCAGAGGAAGCCCGCUGGGUAAGGUGUACAUACUGUACAGUUUUGGUAAUCUGCGGUAAGUUCUACGGUAUUUAUUGGCAUGUCCAAUUUGCUUGCACUUUUCCACAUCAGACCUUUCACUUAAGGGUACCAACUUAACACAAGAGAGGGAGGAAGAACCUCGUUGUGCUUUUCAAUGAAUGUAAAGUAGGUUAAGAUGAGCCU